CUGAUUAGAUUCGCUGUUUGCCCAUCUUCGUCGUUUCUAGAAAAUACAAAAAGAUGUUUUCCUGAGUUGAGCAGCACGAAAAUUUAAUCGAAAUUUAACUUCAUUUAUCAACUGCCGAAUAACUGAAAAUACGCUAAAAAUGUCCAGCACAGUGAAAUACGAUUGGUACCAAACCGAUACAAUGGUAACAGUAACAGUUUUGCUGAAAAAUGCAGCCGAGAAAAACUAUUCUGUUGCGCUCGAACAAAGCAAGGUUCAUCUCAAGGCGGACGGAAUCGAGCCAAUUGCGAUCAACCUUUGGGACGCCAUCAAUGUCGAGCAGAGUUCGCACAAAGCCUCCCCCAGCAAGGUGGAAAUAAAGCUGGCCAAACUGAUCGGUCACCGCUGGGAGGCGUUGGAGAAACAGGAAGCGGUCAUGGCUCCACCGGAGGCAACUGUGAAGAAGCAUCAGCACGAUUGGGACAAACUUUCCAAGGAAAUCGAACAACAGGAAGCGGAAGAUAAACCGGAGGGCGAGGCAGCAGUUCAGGACCUGUUCCGGAAGAUUUACGCCGAUGCCAAUGAAGACACCAAAAAGGCCAUGAUGAAGUCAUUCUACGAAUCAGGUGGAACCGUUCUGAGCACAAACUGGUCGGAGGUAGGUGCCAAAACCGUCGACGUCAAACCACCGGAUGGUUGCGAGUUCAAGAAAUGGAAUUAAUGUGGAUUUCUUUCUGCUGGCGCAACAGUCAUUCAAAAGGUCAUGCUUUGGACUUCUUUCAAUAAUAAUUUGUUUUCGUUUGAAUAACCUUUAGCUCGAUUUAUAAAAAGAUUGAUAUAAUUUCGAAAA